AAAAUUGGCAACCAUAACAAAUAAGUUAAAGUAAAAAAAAAACGGACAAAAUAAUAUAGAGUCCGUCUAAGAUAACUUUACACUGAUUUAAAUGGAACAAAGUGAGACAUGUUAUUAUAAAGGUAGGUAUAGACAUUUCAUAUACAUGAUGACAUGGCCACACUUUGUCAUUGGGAAUAGCAUGCCAAGAUAGCUUUGUCUGACUGUAGAGAAUCUUUUUGCAAUCUCAUAAGAAAAACGUAGUUUUUCAAUCCGAACAUAUAUCUCAAAGUUAUAAUAAUUUCAGCAGAAAAUAGUGCCAAAAUGUCGGCAACAGCGACAAGACACGUAAAAGCUUCCAAUUCUGCGAACAUUCUCAUGUGCAAACAAUGGUGGAAGGUCUGCUGGAUGUACGGAGAUCAGGAGAAGUACUACAGACAACUAUACGGCAGGAGAAAAAUGAACAACAUGAAUAGAAACUUCAUCAAUUUCGAUUUAACCGACGUCAAAAGACCAGGAGCGCAAAUCACCGAACUUACUGAUGAUUUUUUCGAAGACACUACACAAGAACCGGCACCAGACGAAAUAGAUAAUGCUAUUGAUAAUAAUAAAGUAGAAUAUAGCUUUGGAGUAGAAUCCGAACCGAUUUACGGAGUAAAAACGUGGCAGAAAGACCAAAGACGACAACCUAUACAGCAUAAUUACGAAGUAGAUUUAGAUAGCAUUAUAAGUACAAAUCUGAAUUCUAGUAGUAUCAAAAGUAUGUUAGAGAACGGUCUACCUCAAACACAAAUUUUAGAUUCAAAUGAACAGAUUAUUAAAAACGGUAAUGUAGUUGGGAAGAGUUCUAAAGUUGUUUCGAAGACAAAACGGGGAGCAAUUGUAACGGAAAGUACUGAGGUAUCUACAGAUGGGAAAACGACGGCGAAUUUGAAGUUUGAGAGAUCGACGGUGAAGUGUGGGCCGAAUAAGGUGAAGGAGGUGUUGCAGCCGUUGAAGGAGGAUGCAGUGUUGGCGGAGUGUGAGAGGAGAAAGUGUGUGGGGGACCGGCUGACCACGAGGACCACGACGCUGGUGACCGUGUCGCAGACCAGCGUGACCAGCUGCAAUGAACCCGUCUGCCGCAACUGCGUGAUCUCGCCCACCGGCUCGCCGCCCCCCCUGGACCCUACCCCUCCCCCGCCAGCCCCCUCAUCCCCCUCUCCCCAGCCGAGUCACUCCAGCCAAUCCCCGCACUCAUACCCGAGGAGGUAUCCGGAAUACGGGCAAGGACACUCGAUGCCACAGUCGCCGCCGGCGAUGUCGCUGUCACCACAUCCAGUGCCGCAGGGCAAGUUUAGAGGACUACUUGAACAUGCUGAAAGGUUAAUGAAGCCAGGUGAUGCACAUAGGCACUCUCAGAGCGACGACGACUCGGGAUGCGCCUUGGAGGAGUACACGUGGGUCCCGCCGGGCUUGAGGCCGGAACAGGUCCACCUGUACUUCUCGGCUCUUCCAGAAGAUAAGGUUCCCUACGUGAACAGCGUAGGAGAGCGGUAUCGUCUCAAGCAAUUAUUACAGCAGUUGCCUCCACAGGACAAUGAGGUCCGCUACUGCCACGCGCUCUCCGACGAAGAACGGAAAGAACUCCGGCUGUUCAGCGCGCAGAGGAAGCGAGAGGCACUCGGCCGGGGGCAAGCGAGACAGCUGCAUGCGCCGGCGCCGUGCGAGCGGUGCGAGGAGGGCAUGUCCGCCGGCGACAUGUGCGUGUCUGCCGCCCGCGCCGGCCCCGCCGCCCGCUGGCACCCCGCCUGCUUCGUCUGCUCCUCCUGCCAGGAGUUGCUCGUCGAUCUGGUGUACUUCUGGAAGGACGGGCGGCUGUACUGCGGCCGCCAUCACGCUGAGACGCUGAAGCCCCGCUGCUCGGCGUGUGACGAGAUAAUCCUCGCCGACGAAUGCACGGAAGCCGAAGGCCGAGCGUGGCACAUGAAGCACUUCGCCUGCGCCGAGUGCUCCCGCCAACUCGGCGGCCAACGCUACAUCAUGCGCGAAGCCCGACCAUACUGCUUGCCUUGCUUCGAUGGAUGCUUCGCGGAGUACUGUGACGCCUGUGGAGAGCCGGUCGGAGUGGACCAGGGACAGAUGUCGCAUGAAGGGCAACAUUGGCACGCUACUGAGCGCUGCUUUGCGUGUCAUACUUGUCGAGCCAGCUUGCUAGGUCGUCCAUUUCUACCCCGGAAAGGAGCAAUAUUCUGCUCCAUAGCGUGCUCAAAAGGCGAGCCGCCGACGCCCUCCGACUCCUCGGGCCCCGGCCCGCGGCCCCCACGUGCGCCCCGCCCCCGGAGACCACCGUCUCCCAAAUCCCCGCCUGUGACGCCGCAGCGAGAACCCUCACCACAUAUAGACGCAGAUUCUGAGCCUAGUGGGUCGCUGGCACCAGAAACACCGCCUCCGCACCCUCCGCCGCCGCACGCUUGCCUCAGCCUCGACAGGGCUCUAGCUGAUCUGCGUCUAGAACAAUCUAUGACCGAACACCAGAUCCAACCCACACCAACGUCUGAAGAACCUAAGGAGGAGUCGCCAGAAGAUUGGAGACCACCGCAUCCUGUUGACGCGCAAGUUGUGAACCCUGGGCACUCUUCUUCAAUGCCGGAACUUACGUUAGUAGACGGUAACUCCCCGAGGAAACCUAGAGGAGGGAGAACUGUGAGGUUCUGCGGUGAUGAUAACCAAGCGUUUGAGCCUGACGAGCCUGUAAGAAAAGAAAGAGUAAGAGAUGAUGACGCGAGCAGCUACUGCAGUACAUGCUCCUCGUCUUCUUCAUCAGCUGAGUCUUAUACUUUACCGACGAGACGAGCUUACGGUGGUGUAAGAAUCUCCUACGUGCCCAAUGACGCUGUGGCAUGUGCCAAGAGAGAAAGACAGAGAAAGAAUGCGCAGAACGACAAGAACUGCAUCAUCUCGUGAUCCUGGACCUUCCUCACGCAUCCUCCGAUCGAAAGACUGACUUUUUGAUAGUUUUAUCACACGCCAUAGUUAAGGAGAAUUUUAAAACUCAAUGUAAUAAAAACUAGAGCUCGGCUACGGAACAACGCCACCAUAAUACAAUACAUUUUCCAGGCAGCCCACAUUUAAGACAAAGAAAAAUAAAAAUAAAUUGUGUUUGAGUAAAGGAAAAACGAAAGUCUAUAUCCCAGCAGUUUAAAAACGAGUGUAUUAAAAUCUACACAUUUUGCUUGCCAAUACUUUUAAUUAUAAAGGGUUGACGUAGGUUUAUUGUGUAAUAAAUCUUCUUAAAAACAGCCUUUUUGAUUCCGUAGCUGACAAACAAGGACAUUGUCUUCCUUAGUAAUAGAAACAGCUUUGCUUUUGGCAAAUUGCUCGCAAAUGGAAACCAGGUGUCGAACUAACCAUGUUGUGACGUGCGCGUCAAACACAAAUAGACGGAUUUUAAUACUUAUGGUAUUGAAAUUAAAGCAUAUAAUAGUUCGUCUGUGAAAUUCGCCGCCGCUGUCAGAUCGUAUGCUUAUGCGUAUCUGUAUAAAAGGCUUGUCCAUUGACAAUUUUGACAAAUUUAUAAACGACGUGUAAUUUGGACGUAAUCGCUUCUAAAUGUGACGUCCUAUUCAUGGCAGCACCUUUCCGUAUGAUGGAUUAAAGGGGUGUGUUUACGUCUCGUAAAAAGGCUUAAGUAACAUGGUAAUGCUCUGAAACGUCAUUUCGUGCGAUAAUAUAGCAUUAACGAAUUGUAUGGCCUAUUUUGUCCGAUCUAGUUAAAUAGGGAGAAAAAUGUUAAAGAGUAUGCAAUUCUGUCUAUUUUUCUAGGUUGGUUCGUAAAUAUUUAUAUAUUUAAAUGGCAGCUUUAAAUUAUUUGGAUUAUUAUAACAUAUCUAACGCUUUGUACGUAACCAUAUCUUAUAUUAUAUGUUAAGACAUAUCCCACUUUGCCACUUAGGAUAAGUUAGCUUAGUUUAUUUGUAUGAUAAAGAGAUAAGUACAAAUAAUUGUAUUAUUUUGUAUUACACUUUGAUAACGUGUGUUCAAAUGUAAAUAACGUAUGAGUAAUAUAACAUUAGUAUUAAAGUUGCCUUCGAGUAAAUUGCCUGUAACUAUGUUAAGUAGGUUUUUGAAUUAUAAAUGUAAUUUUAAUUUAGUUUUUGUUGACCACCUUUAAUUGCAUGAUUUAUAAAUGAAUUAAAACACUCAUCCUACUUUCACCUGUUUUUGGAUUUUUUUUAACAACAAAAAUUAUGAUUAUAGGUAAUAGAAUUGUUUUCUUUUUCAGAAUUUUGAAUGAUUUGCAUAAACAAUUUCGAAAUUAAGUAUUGUUCUUAUUAACUUAGGUUUGAGAUGCUUUAUGAUUUAUGACCUAAAUAAAUGUGUUUCUUUUAUGUACUUUACCUAAAAUAUACUUUACCUUUUAAUACUCUUCUGAAACGGAAAUAUAUGGAAAAAGCAAUACAAAUUUAUAAGUUUUAUACAAGUGUUUGUACAAAUAAAUAAUGUAAACUCGUAUGAUUGUAAGUUACUUGUAAUGCGAAGAAAAUAAAAUGUUUUGAAAUAUA